GCAGUCAGCUGAUGGAAGAGGAUGAUAACGAUGAUAACGGUAAAAUCGGUAAAAUAGAAGUUCAAGAUCAGUGAUAUGGCCGGAAAUGAAAGCUGCACAAGUCUCAACGAACGAGAAAUGCAGUCGGGGCAGGAGUGACUAACACCGAACUAUGUAACUGAUAUUCACCUUCCGUUCACCAGGUAAUGCAAUGCUAUUGCAAGGCGGAAGGUAACGCGAGGAAUCCCAUUCAUUCCAAUUCAUUCUGAUUCAGUCAUUCAUAGCUGACGGCGGAUGCGGGCGCGGAUGCGACGACGGUCCGGGUCGGUGACUGCCAUAUCGAAAAUAUAUGAUGAACGAAGCUGUAAAGGAGGAAAUGUCUCAACACCACUUGGUAACGCGUGUCAUGCCAGCAAAACCAAGCAUGACGUGAAUAAAGCUAGCCGAGUAAACGGAUAGACCCCGAGAAGAACUCAAACAGCGUCAUGGCUCUCCGGAGAAAGAGCUCCAGCUCAUCGCAAGUCAAGUUUCCGCCCGUACCGGAUGCCAGUCCGAGACCUUUCGCCAGAGACCAGUACAAGGACUGCUUUCUGCUGAAGUUCAGGGCAGAAAAACAAAAGCAGCUCAAACUGCAGCGACAUCUGGAGCUGCGCGCGAUGCUGGACAAGGCGCGCGUUUUCGAGCGUCUGCAGCGUCACCCGCUGCCGUCGGGCUGGGAGCCCACGCUCAAGGAGCAGCACCACAUCGGCUUCCUGCAGGGCUGCGUGCAGCUGGCGCCCAUCCCGGCCGUCUCCGAGCGCUGGCUCGCCAACAUGGUCAAGCUGAUCCCGUCGCGGCUGAGCGGCCGGUACGGUCCGGCCGUGGCGGCGCUGGUCGAUGAGGUACGCCAGGAGUUCACCACCCGGCUGCGCCAGGACCUGGUGGUGCGCACCGUGCCCGACCUGGAGCCGGCCGUCGAGCCGCCCGUGCCGCGCGCCAAGGACGCCGAGCUGCCCUGGGUGGGCUUCUCGCCGUGGUUCGAGUCGUUCGCCGAGGCCCGCCAGCGGAUCGGGCGUCACCUGAUGCUGACCCGGCCCAGUCUGCAGGCGGCGCUGCGCCUGUGUCGCACCACGCUGCUGGACACGACUCUGCUGGACUGGACCCAGUUCAGGUUCCCUCGCCAGUUCAGCGUCGACUCGUGGAAGGAGACGCUGGUGCAGCAGUGUGAGUCGGAACAGGUGCGGCUGGACCGCGCCUGGUACCGCCAGCUGGUCGACAUCUUCAACUCGGUGGCGUCGGCCGGCGGCGGCGGCCGGCGCGCCCAGCAGCGCAUCUUCCUCUGCGCCAACACGCUGGCCGCUAACGAGCUGCGCGCGGUGCUGAUGCGCACAGUGACGGCGUACGUGCAGCUGUUUGAGCAGCCGAGCAUGCUGCCGCUGCUAGAGGUGGACCUCAUCCUGGACGGACACACGGUCACCUUUUACCCGCCGUACGCCGAGAUCGAGGAGGCCGCCCUGUUCCCCAUCGACCAGUUGGCGGCCUCGCUGCAGCAGACGCUGCCCAUCGAGGUGUUUCUGCGCGGCGACGAGGCCAGCUCGCGCUACCUGACGGUCGACAUCCCCGAGGUGUUUCUCGAGAACGCCCGCCAGACGGUGCGCAGACACGUGCGGCACCUGUUCAAGGCGCCGCUGCGGCAGAGCCACCAGCUCGCGGCUACCUACAACAUCCUGCUGAGCGGGGAGGCCAGCGCCGGCGUGGACCAGUUCCUCUCCGAGGAGCACCCGUUCGAGGAGCAGACGGCACUGGUGGCCAGCUUCGAGCCGCUGCUCCACUCACUGGCCGGCAUGGAGACCAUCGAGUACUUCGACAUGUUCAGGCUGGACCGGGACGAGUUCGUGCGUGGCGUCACCCAGCUCAUCACCGACCUGAAGAACCGCAUCCUGAACGACAUCUUGCAGUACCACCGCUCCGAGAACAAACUGAUCGGUGACACGUUCGAGGAGAUCGAGCGGACGGCCCACCAGCCGCCGGCCGACACGGCCGCCAUGAUCCGACUGGCCGAGUACAUGACCAACGCCAUGGGCGUCACCCUGCCGCACCUCAGGGAGAAGGUGAAGGAGAGCGUCACGCGAAUGCUGUACCUGCUCGACUGUGUCGAGUUCACCGCCGACGACAUCGAGGUCAACACCGCCACCGCUCUCUGGGUGGACAAAAUCAAACCCACCUUCGACUACAGCGCAGAGGUCAUCGAGCAGUGCAAACAGAAGUUCGAGGACGCGCUCACCGAGCGCACCGAGGCGCUCGUCUCGGAUAUUGAGAAACUGAAGAACCGCGUCCGCGAGCUGGACGACCUGGGAGACGUCAACAACAUGGCCGUCUACGUGUCCGACAUGCGCGCGCUGCGCCGCAAACUGACCGAGCUCGAGGGGGUCACCGAGUGGAUCAAUGAGCAGGAGGCGCUCUUCAAGUUCCCCAUCUCCACCUACCCGGAGAUACACCAGCUGCAGGCGUCGAUCGAGCCGUUCGCCAACCUGUUCGCGCUAACGCUGCGCUGGCAGAAGACGCUGAAAAAGUGGCUGGACGGCGCGUUCCUCGAGCUGGACGGCGAGAGCGUGGAGGCCGACACGGAGGAGUUCUCCAGGGACAUGUACAAGCUGCAGAAGGUGAUCAAGUCGCGGUUCAAGCAGCAGAUCAUCGACCAGUCGUCGGGCCGCGGCCGCGAGGAGGGCCGGCCGCGCAUCAACGUCGACGACCCCAACCCGGACAACCUGCCCGGGCCGCUGCGCAUCUGCUGCAAGACCAUCGAGCAGAUCGACGCCUUCAAGACGCACCUGCCGCUGGUGUUGGUGCUCUGUAACCCGGGGAUGCGGGACCGACACUGGGCCGAGAUGUCCAGUAUCGCCGAGCGGGACAUCACCCCCGACUCGGGCACCACUCUGGCCAAGGUGAUCCAGAUGCACCUGGAGCCGUUCGUGACCAAGUUCGAGUCGAUCAGCACGGCGGCCACCAAGGAGUACAGCCUGGACCGGGCGCUGACGAAGAUGAUCGCCGAGUGGCAGGAGAUCGAGUUCAGCACCAGCACUUACCGAGACACGGGCGUGUCGAUCCUGUGCGCCCUGGACGACAUUCAGAUCCUGCUCGACGACCACAUCGUCAAAACGAUGACCAUGAAGGGCUCCGUGUUCAUCAAACCGUUCGAGGCCGAGAUUGUCGAGUGGGAGGCCACCCUGCUGCGUAUCCAGGAGACGAUCGACGAGUGGCUCAAGGUGCAGGCCCAGUGGCUCUACCUGGAGCCCAUCUUCUCGUCCGAGGACAUCGUACAACAAAUGCCCGACGAGAGCAAACUGUUCAAGCAAGUGGACAAGCACUGGAAGAGCAUGAUGCACCAGGUGGAGAAGGACGCCCACGUGCUGGCCACCGCCGGCGUGGUCGGCUUCCUCGAGAAGCUGCAGGAGUGCAACGGCAUGCUGGACCGCAUCAACAAGGGUCUCAACGCCUACCUGGAGAAGAAGCGGCUCUUCUUCCCCAGGUUCUUCUUCCUCUCCAACGACGAGAUGCUGGAGAUCCUCUCCGAGACCAAGGACCCGCUCCGGGUGCAGCCCCACCUCAAAAAGUGCUUCGAAGGUAUCGCCCGUCUGGAGUUUGACACGGCCCUGGACAUCCACGCCAUGUUCAGCUCGGAGGGCGAGAAGGUGGACCUGGUGAGCGUCAUCUCCACCGCUGAGGCCAAGGGCAGCGUGGAAAAGUGGCUUCUGCAGGUCCAGGACGUGAUGCUGGCCUCCGUUCGAGAGGUGGUGGCCGUCUCACACGAGGCGUACGCACAGAGCGCCCGCAAACACUGGGUCAUCGAGUGGCCCGGACAGGUGAUCCUCUGCGUGUCGCAGAUCUACUGGACGGCCGAGGUGCACCGCGCCAUACACGACGGCGUGCACGGCCUCAGGGAGUACCACGCCAAACUGCAGGAGCAGAUGACGGACAUUGUGGCCCUGGUGCGCGGUCAGCUGAGCAAACAGGCGCGCAUCACGCUCGGCGCCCUGGUGGUGAUCGACGUGCACGCCAAGGACGUGGUCCAGGAGCUGGCCGACAAGGGCGUCAGCUCCGAGAGCGACUUCGAGUGGCUGGCCCAGCUCAGGUACUACUGGGAGGAGGAGAACUGCAAGGUGCGCCUGAUCAACGCCACCGUGCCGUACGCCUGCGAGUACCUGGGCAACACGCCGCGGCUGGUGAUCACGCCGCUGACGGACCGCUGCUACCGGACGCUGAUCGGCGCCUACCACCUGCACCUGAACGGCGCGCCCGAGGGACCGGCCGGCACCGGCAAAACCGAGACCACCAAGGACCUGGCCAAGGCGCUGGCCGUCCAGUGCAUCGUCUUCAACUGCUCCGACGGACUCGACUACAUCGCCAUGGGAAAGUUCUUCAAGGGACUGGCGUCGUCGGGCGCGUGGGCGUGCUUCGACGAGUUCAACCGGAUCGACCUGGAGGUGCUCUCGGUGGUGGCGCAGCAGAUCCUCUCCAUCGUCCGCGCCGUACAGGCGGGCGUGGAGACGUUUGUGUUUGAGGGCACGGAGCUGCGCCUGAACCCGUCCUGCUACGUCUGCAUCACCAUGAACCCCGGUUACGCCGGACGCUCUGAGCUGCCCGACAACCUUAAGGUGCUGUUCCGGACCGUGGCCAUGAUGGUGCCCGACUACACGCUGAUCGGGGAGAUCUCGCUCUACUCGUUCGGUUUCGUGGACGCGCGCAGCCUGUCGGUGAAGAUUGUCUCCACGUACAAGCUGUGCUCGGAGCAGCUGUCCUCUCAGUUCCACUACGACUACGGUAUGCGCGCCGUGAAGGCCGUGCUGGCCGCCGCCGGCAACCUGAAGCUCAAGUACCAGCAGGAGCGCGAGGACAUCCUGAUCCUGCGCUCCAUCAUCGACGUCAACCUGCCCAAGUUCCUGGCGCACGACAUCCCGCUGUUCCAGGGCAUCGUCAGCGACCUGUUCCCGGGCGUGACGCUGCCCAAACCCGACUACGGCAAAUACGUCCAGGCCAUCGAGGAGGCGUGCGCGUCCCGGAACCUGCAGCCGGCCGACGUGUUUGUCGAGAAGGUGCUCCAGGUGUACGAGAUGAUGAUCGUGCGCCACGGCUUCAUGCUGGUCGGGGAGCCGUUCGGCGGCAAAACCUCCAUACUGAAGGUCCUGGCUCAGACGCUCGGUCUGAUGCGCGACAGUGGCGAGGAAGAGCUGGCGGUGCACAUGGGCUGGAUGAACCCCAAGGCGGUCACCAUGGGUCAGCUGUACGGCCAGUUCGACCCCGUCUCGCACGAGUGGACCGACGGCGUGUGCGCCACCAUGUUCAGGCAGAUGGCCAGCAGCGAGCUGCCCGACCGGCAGUGGGUGGUGUUUGACGGGCCCGUGGACGCCGUCUGGAUCGAGAACAUGAACACCGUGCUCGACGACAACAAGAAGCUCUGCCUCAUGUCCGGAGAGGUCAUACAGAUGUCGGCCACCAUGUCACUCAUCUUCGAGGUCAUGGACCUGUCACAGGCGUCUCCAGCCACGGUGUCGCGGUGCGGCAUGAUUUACGUGGAGCCGCGCACGCUGGGCUGGCGGCCGCUGCUGGAGUCGUGGCUGGCGCAGCUGGACGCCGGCUGGACGGCCGAGGCGGCGCCGCUGCUGCGCGCCGCCAUCCAGUGGCUCUUCGAGGCCAGCUACGAGUUCAUGCGCCACCACUGCCGGGAGCUGAUCCCCACCAGCGCCAGCAACCUGGCCCGCUCGCUGAUGAACCUGGUGGAGAUGACGGUGACGGACACGCUGGCCGACUGCAAGGAGAAGGACCGCGACAAGUACCUGCGCACCUGGCUCAUCUCGGCGGCGGUGUUCGCCACCGUCUGGUCCGUCGGCGGCGUGCUCGACGAGCCCAGCCGGGCCAAGUUCGACGAGUUCUUCAAGAACCUGCACUCGGGUCAGGACGAGCAGUGCCCGGUGCCGGCCGAGGUCGGCAAGAUGGACGUGCCGAUGCCGCCCGAGGGCUGCAUCUAUGACUUCUACUUCGAGUACAAGGCGCGGGGCCAGUGGCGGCACUGGAACGACCUGGCCCGCCUUGCCGAGCAGGCGGGCACUGAGGACAAGAACAUCCGGGCCAUCAUCGUGCCCACCAUCGACACCGCCCGGUACACGUACCUGAUGGACUUGUGUAUCCGCCACCGGCGCCCGCUGCUCAUGGUGGGCCCCACGGGCACCGGCAAGAGCGCCUACGUGCAGGACAAGCUGAUGCGCCACCUGGACCCCGAGCAGUUUGUGCCCUUCUUCGUGACGUUCUCGGCGCAGACGACGGCCAACCAGACGCAGGACCUGAUCAUGUCCCGGCUGGACAAGAGGAAGCGGGGUCUGUUCGCGCCGCCGGUCGGCAAGCGCUGCGUCAUCUUCGUGGACGACCUGAACAUGCCGGUGCGGGAGAUAUACGGCGCGCAGCCGCCCAUCGAGCUGCUGCGCCAGUUCCUCGACCACGGCAACUGGUACGACCGGAAGGACUGCUCCAAGAUCGUGCUGCAGGACGUGCAGUUCCUGUGUGCCAUGGGACCGCCGGGCGGCAGCCGACAGGAGAUCACGCCCCGCUUCGUCAGACACUUCAACGUCGUCUCAAUCAACGCCUUCUCGGACGCCACCAUGAGCAAGAUAUUCACCACACUGCUCUCCGUCUACAUGCGCAACUGCGGUUUUUCGGCGGACAUGCUGAGCCAGGCGUCGGCCAUCGUGUCGGCCACGAUCGAGGUGUAUGCCGCCGCCAUGGCCAACCUGCUGCCCACGCCGGCCAAGUCGCACUACACGUUCAACCUGCGAGACCUGGCGCGUGUCGUGCUCGGCUGCACGCUGGUCAGGAAAGAGUCGGUCGACAACAAGCGCGUCUUCACACGUCUGUGGGUGCACGAGGUGUACCGGGUGUUCUACGACCGUCUGGUGGAGGACGCCGACCGCUCCUGGCUCUACCAGCUCGUCCGAGAGUGCGUCAAAAACCACUUCAAGGACAACUUUGACACCGUGUUCGAGCACCUGGCCUCGCAGCCCGGCAAGGUGACUGAGAGGAGUCUGGACAGUCUGAUGUUUGGCGACUACAUGGACCCGGACCUGCUGCCCGAGGAGCGGCGCUAUGAGGAGAUCACCGACCUGGAGCAGAUGCAGGACGUCUGCAUGAGCGCCCUCCAGGAGUACAACAUGACGCACAAGACCGGCAUGGACCUGGUCCUCUUCAGGUACGUGCUGGAGCACCUGUGCCGCAUCUGUCGCGUGCUCUCGACGCCCGGCGGUAACGCGCUGCUGGUGGGCGUCGGCGGCUCCGGCCGGCAGUCGCUGACGCGGCUGGCCGCCUCCAUGGCGCAGUUCCAGCUCUUCCAGCCCGAGAUCAGCAAACAGUACGGCCGCCAGGAGUGGCGGGACGACAUCAAGGCGACGCUGCGCAGCGCCGGCGGCCUCGGCAAGCCGACCGUGUUCCUGCUGACCGACUCCCAGAUCAAGGAGGAGUCGUUCCUGGAGGACAUAGACUCGCUGCUCAACUCGGGGGAGGUACCCAACCUGUUCCCGCCCGACGAGAAACAGGAGGUCAUGGAGCUGGUCCGUAACCUGGCCACGGGCGGCAAGAAGAACGCCGACAUCAGCCCGCUGCAGCUGUUCGCCUUCUUCGUACAGCGGUGCCGCGACCUCUUCCACAUUGUCAUUGCCUUCAGCCCGAUCGGCGACGCGUUCAGGAACCGGCUGCGCCAGUUUCCGUCCCUGGUCAACUGCUGUACCAUCGACUGGUUCCAGCCGUGGCCGGAGGAGGCCCUGGAGCGAGUGGCCCAGAAGUUCCUCGAAACGGUCGACCUCGAGGAUAACGUCAAGGUGGCCACCAUCGACGUCUGCAAGUACUUCAACAAGUCGGCCAUGGAGCUGGGAGAUCGGUUCCUGAGCACGCUCGGCCGCCACGUGUACAUUACACCGUCCUCCUUCCUGGACCAGAUCCACGCCUUCAGGAAGCUCAUCAGCCAGCGCCAGCGCGAGACCAACGACGCCCGAAACCGCUACCUGGGCGGCCUCAGCAAGCUGGCCUUCGCCGCCCAGCAGGUGCACGACAUGCAGGUGGAGCUGGAGGCGCUGCAGCCCAAGCUGGUGGCCGCCGCCCAGGAGACGGAGGAGAUGGUGCGCGUCAUCGAGAUCGAGUCGGCCCAGGUGGCCGAGAUGUCUGCCAAGGUGAAAGAGGACGAGACGGCCGCCAACAUCAAGGCCGAGGCCGCCACCAAACUCAAGGAGGAGUGCGAGGCAGACCUGGCAGAGGCGCUGCCUGCCCUCGAAGCGGCGCUGGCCGCGCUGGACACCCUGAAGCCGGCCGACAUCACGCUGGUGAAGUCGAUGAAGAACCCGCCGGCCGCCGUCAAGGUGGUGCUGGCUGCCGUCUGCGUUAUGAAGGAGGUCAAACCGGACCGCGUCAACGACCCCAAAAAGCCCGGACAAAAGAUGAACGACUACUGGGGCCCCAGCCAGAAGAUGCUGACGGACACGGCGUUCCUGGCGACGCUGCGUGAGUACGACAAGGACAACAUCCCGCCGGCGGUGAUGGACCGCAUCCGUCGCGAGUACAUGAAGGACCCGCUGUUCGUGCCGGCCGUGGUGGCCAAGGCAUCCAGCGCCGCCGAGGGACUCUGCAAGUGGGUCAAGGCCAUGGAGAGCUACGACAGGGUGGCCAAGAUCGUGGCGCCGAAGAAGGCGAACUUGGCUCAGGCGGAGGCCGAGCUGGCUGAGACGAUGGCCAUUCUGGACGAAAAGCGCGCUCAGGUGGCAGCGCUGGAGGCGCGGCUGCAGCAGCUCAAGGACCAGUUCCAGGAGGCGUGCGACCGCAAACAGCACCUCACCGAGGAGGUGCAGCUCUGCGAGAUGAAGCUGGAGCGCGCCCAGAAACUGAUCGGCGGUCUGGGCGGCGAGAAGGACCGCUGGUCGACGGCGGCCGCCGACCUGCUGGCCGUGCUGGGAAACCUGACCGGCGACGUGCUGGUCUCGUCGGGCGCCAUCGCCUAUUUGGGACCGUACACGGCCAACUUCAGGGACGCCUGCCUGCAGGACUGGCUCAAGUACGUGGCCUCCAAGGACCUGAAGCUGUCGGAGACCUUCAGCGUCAGCGGUACGCUCGGCUCCCCCAUCGCCAUCCAGGCGUGGAACAUCAACGGACUGCCCAAGGACUCGUUCUCCAUCGACAACGCCGUCAUUAUCCAGGUGUCCCGCCGGUGGCCGCUGAUGAUCGACCCGCAGGGCCAGGCCAACAAGUGGAUCAAAAACAACGAGCGGGACAACAAGCUGGGCGUGGUGAAGCUGUCGGACGGCGACUUUUCGCGCGCGCUGGAGAACGCCAUCCAGUUCGGCAACCCGAUCCUGCUGGAGAACGUGGGCGAGGAGCUGGACCCGUCGCUGGAGCCGCUGCUGCUGCGGCAGACCUUCAAACAGGGCGGCGUCGAGAUGCUCAAACUGGGAGAGGCCGUCAUCGAGUACUCGCCAGACUUCAGGUUUUUCAUCACGACCAAGCUGCGCAACCCGCACUACCUGCCGGAGAUUUCGACCAAGGUGACGCUGCUCAACUUCAUGAUCACGCCCGAGGGUCUGGAGGACCAGCUGCUCGGCAUUGUGGUGGCCAAGGAGCGCCCCGAGCUGGAGGCGGAGCGGCAGGCGCUGAUCGUACAGACUGCCAACAACAACCGGGCGCUGAAGGAGGUGGAGGACAAGAUCCUGAAGACGCUGUCCUCCUCUGAGGGGAAUAUCCUCGAGGACGAGACGGCCAUCCAGGUCCUCGACUCGUCAAAGUCCAUCUCGGACGAGAUCAACAAGAAGCAGGUGGUGGCCAAGAAGACGGAGAAGACGAUCGAGGUGUCGCGCCUCGAGUACCGGCCGAUGGCCAGCCACUCGUCGGUGCUGUUCUUCUCCAUCACGGACCUGCCCAACAUCGACCCUAUGUACCAGUACAGCCUCUCCUGGUUCGUCAACCUCUACAUCAACAGCAUCGAGAGCAGUAACAAGUCGAAGAACCUGGAGAAGCGGCUGCGUCACCUGCGCGACCACUUCACCUACAACCUGUACUGCAACGUGUGCCGCUCGCUGUUCGAGAAGGACAAGCUGCUCUUCUCGUUCAUCUUGUGCUGCAACCUGCUCAUGGUGCAGGGUAAGAUUGACCAGCGCGAGUCGACCUUCCUGCUGACGGGCGGCGUCGGCCUGGACAACCCGCUGGCCAACCCGGCACCCGACUGGCUCAACGACAAGUCCUGGGACGAGAUCUGCCGGCUGGCAGACCUGCCCGCCUUCAAAGGCUUUGUCUCCAGCUUCGAGUCCAGCCUGUCCGAGUGGCAGGAACUGUACAACAGUCCCGAGCCGCAGAGCGCCCAGCUGCCAGAGCCGUGGCACGCCAACACCACAGAGUUCCAGAGGAUGAUGAUCGUCCGCUGCAUACGGCCCGACAAGAUCGUGCCCAUGGUGACCAACUUCGUGGCCAACAACAUCGGCCAGAAGUUUGUGUCGCCGCCGCCGUUCGACCUGGUCAAGUCGUACGCCGACUCCAACUGCCUGGUGCCGCUCAUCUUCGUGCUCUCGCCGGGCGCCGACCCGAUGGCGGCGCUGCUCAAGUUCGCCGAGGAUCGCGGCUACGGCGGCGCAAAGUUCAACGCCAUCUCGCUCGGACAGGGGCAGGGCCCGGUGGCCGCCGAGAUGAUCCGUAAGGCGCAGGAGGAGGGCACCUGGGUGGCGCUCCAGAACUGCCACCUGGCCGUCUCCUGGAUGCCCACACUGGAGAAAAUCUGCGAGGACUUCAACAUGGAGGACACCAGCCCCAACUUCCGGCUGUGGCUGACCAGCUACCCCAGUCCCAAGUUCCCAGUGACGGUGCUGCAGAACGGCGUCAAGAUGACUAACGAGCCGCCGACCGGGCUGCGCAUGAACCUGCUGCAGUCCUACCUGGGCAACCCCAUCAACGACGACUCCUUCUACAGCGGCUGUCCCGGCAAGGACGGCGUGUUCGCCAAGCUGCUGUUCGGUCUAUGCUUCUUCCACGCGCUGGUGCAGGAGCGGCGCAAGUUCGGUCCGCAGGGCUGGAACAUCCCGUACGGAUUCAACGAGUCGGAUCUGCGCAUCUCGGCCAUGCAGCUGCAGAUGUUCAUUAACGAGUACGAGUCGGUGCCGUACGCGGCGCUGGCCUACCUGACGGGCGAGUGCAACUACGGGGGCCGUGUGACUGAGGACUGGGACCGGCGCACCCUCAACACCAUCCUGGCCGACUUCUGCAACCCGCGCCUGGUCGCAGAGACCAAGUACCGACUCUCGCCGUCCGGAGACUACUACGUGCCCAACAAAAUCAACUACGACGACUAUGUCGAGUACAUCAAGAACCUGCCGACCACGCAGCGGCCCGAGGUGUUCGGCAUGCACGACAACGUGGACAUCAGCCGAGAGCUGGCCGAGACGCGGCUGCUGUUCGACUCGGUGCUCACCAUCCAGGGCGGCGGCGCCGGCGGCGCCGGAGCCAACAUCGACGCCGCCUUCGGUAUCGCCUCCGACAUCCUGGACAAGGUGCCGGAGGUGUUUGACCUGGAGGCGGCUGGCGCCAAGUUCCCCGUGGCCUACAACGAGUCCAUGAACACGGUGCUCGUGCAGGAGAUGGAGCGCUUCAACAGACUCAUCUCCGUCAUCAGGACCACGCUGAAGAACCUGAAGAAGGCCGUCAAGGGGCUGGUGGUGAUGUCGCCGGACCUGGAGGCGGUGGCGCAGUCGCUGCUAGUCGGCAAGGUGCCGGCGCUCUGGGCCAAGGCUUCCUACCUCAGCAGGAAGCCGCUGGGCAGCUACAUCAACGACCUGCUGGACCGGCUGAACCUGCUUCAGACCUGGUACGACCACGGCAAGCCGCGCAUCUUCUGGCUGUCGGGCUUCUACUUUACGCACGCGUUCCUCACGGGCGCCAUGCAGAACUUCGCCAGGAAGUACGUGCUGCCGAUCGACCGUCUGACGUUCGACUUUGUCUACCUGGCCGCCGAGCCGGCCCAGACGCCCGACGACGGCGUGCUCAUCAACGGCCUCUUCCUGGACGGCGCGCGCUGGGACUACGACACCGGCGGCCUGGCCGAGCAGCUGCCCAAGGUGCUCUACUACCCGCUGCCGAUCGUGUGGCUGAAGCCGGUGCAGAAGGACCAGCUGGAGGUGGGCGCGCGCUACCUGUCGCCGCUGUACAAGACGUCCGAGCGGCGCGGUACGCUCAGCACCACGGGCCACAGCACCAACUUCGUGCUGCCGUUCCUGCUGCCGACCGAGCGGCCGGCACAGCACUGGGUGAAGCGCGGCACGGCGCUCCUCUGUCAGCUCGACGACUGAGCCGUCCAGAGACAGGCGCCGACCGGCACAGCGCCGCAACGCAACGCGACUCGAACGCUGCACCCGAGAGACGACAGAACGGCAACUGGCCCGGCCCUACUGCAGUGUGACAUAUACCAUACGAUCAUACUGUAUAUUACUGCAACAUUCAACACUCCUUUUUAUUUUGUAAAACAAAUUAUUGAUAUGCAAAACUAAGUAGCAUUGAAAUUAAAGGCGACGUGGGUCGUGCAAUAGCUGAUUGUCAACGUGCAAAAUAUUGUGCGUAACGACAUCAAUUUUUGUGAUCUCAAGCAACUUAAGUUGCUAAAUAUCAUCAUUUAAUUACAGAUCGUCGUCUUUUUUGUUCGUUUGAUGUCCAAUGUCCAUGGUGCCUUUGCUACACUCACCGUGUUUCUUUGAGACAGCGGUGCCUUUUGGCGAGCAUUUACGUCUGUUAUCAUGUGGUCCUUGUGCAAAUUUCACUUGUUGCCAUCCUGCCAUCGAUAUGUGAUCAUCGAAUCUCCAAUAAAAUGUCAUCUUUUC